CAUGGCGGAUGGCGGCUGUGGGGAUGCGGAGCGGGCCGGGCCGGGAGGGCUGGACCUGCUGGGUUUGGUACCCGGAGCUCCCAGCUGCCCGCACGGGCCUGCUCUGCUGUUUGUAAAGACCAGCCAAGGGAAAGAGGAGGGACGAAGAUUUUAUGCUUGUUCAGCUUGUAGGGAUAGAAAAGACUGUGACUUUUUCCAGUGGGAGGAUGAGAAGGUGUCAGAAACCAGGCUUGCAGCACGUGAGGAGUAUAACAGAAAUCAUCAGCCUUCUUUUACACACAGGCAGAAUGUGGAAAGGUAUAAGAAUUUUGUCCUUUUGCCAUUAUCAAAGAGGAGAUUUUGCCAGGAAUGCCAACAAUUGCUAUUGCCAGCUGAAUGGGAAGAACACUCGGAUCACCAGUUCCUUUGUGAUGUCUCCACUGCACAGUUAAAGACUCCCAGUAAACUUCUGCAUCCCCUGGAGAAUAAAAAAACAAAUGCACAGUAUCUGUUUGCAGACAGGAGUUGUCAGUUCCUGCUGGAUCUGAUUAUUGGUUUGGGAUUCAGACGAGUGCUCUCUGUUGGAACUCCUCGGCUUCAUGAAAUGAUCCAGACUAAGGCAUCACAAGAAGAAGAUUUCAGGGUUAGAAGCCUUCUGCUAGAUAUUGAUUUCAGGUAUUCACAGUUUUACACAGAGGAUGAAUUCUGCCACUACAACAUGUUUAAUCAUUAUUUUUUUGGUGGAGAGGCUGCCUGUGAAACAUGUAGGAAAUUCUUGUAUCAAGACAAAGGUGAAAGAGUCAUUAUGGUAGCUGAUCCCCCAUUUGGAGGUUUAGUGGAAGCACUGGCUUCAAGUUUUAAAAAACUGAUGGCCAUGUGGACAGAGACAGAAAAAGUGGGCCAUAACAACCCAGAGAUGCCCAUGUUCUGGAUAUUUCCAUAUUUCUUUGAGUCUCGUAUUCUUGAAUUUUUCCCAAGCUUCAGAAUGAUGGAUUAUCAGGUAGACUAUGAUAAUCAUGCACUUUAUAAGCAUGGCAAGACAGGUCGUAGACAGUCCCCUGUCCGUAUCUUCACAAACCUUACCCCAAGUAUGAUUGUACUUCCUGUAGAAGAGGGCUACAGGUUUUGUGCUCUAUGUCAACGGUAUGUUAGUUCUGGUAACCAGCACUGUGAGAUAUGCAAUUCAUGUACGUCAAAAGAUGGUAGACGAUGGAAACACUGUGUUCUUUGCAAAAAAUGUGUAAAACCCUCUUGGUUUCACUGCAACAAUUGCAACUGCUGUGCUCUUCAAAACCACUCUUGUGAGAAGGCUGCUGCUGGCUGUUUUGUUUGUGGCAAGGCAGGGCACAAACGUACCACCUGCCCCAGUCUCUCCCACACCAGAACAGUUUGCCAAGCUGACAAAAGGCAAAGACAGAAAACUCUAAAGAGGGUGAAGAUGGGCAUCUGUAAAACAUCAGCUAUAAAGCAUGCUAUAUUCUUCAGAAAGAAAGUAAAGAAUAAGAAAAAAAAGACAUGACUCCUUGCUGAUAUGCAGUUAUUAAUACUUUAUGUAUUAAAAAAGCAUUGAUUCCAAAGCCUUUGAUUCCAUUUUCUAAAAAUGUUAACAUUAAUAUCCAAAAUAAAACCUAAUUGAAUUAA